AUGCAGUCGCUAAAGCCGCGGCUUCUACAGUCUGUACAACCAACAUUAGUGGGGUCCACCGAAAACUCCUCUUUUCCUAGUCAGCCUCGCUCUAUGGCUAGAAAACUAGCUGCCAUGGGGUCUCUCAAAUUCUUAGUUUAUGCUAUUCGGAAGGCUCUGGAAACUAUGCCACAGCCUUGGGAGGCGGUCAGGUAUGUGACUGUAGCACACCAGAAGGCGGGGGCACUGACAUAUAUUUUGAGCAAAAGUACUUCAAGCGAACACGACCUCAUUAGGCAAUGGACACGUGUUUGUGACUCUAUCCCAAAAGAUGCUGCCCCUCCGUCUUAUCCUAUAUUUGAUGGUACAGCCCCAUAUAUGUGCUACAGGGACAAUCUGGCCUUUGCACGACCCUUGCCACUCUUCAAGACAAAUGCCAUCAUCAGAUUUCAUCGACUAAAAAAUCUAUGUGCUGAUCUAAGUGCUACGCAGAAAAUAUUGCUGAGUGAUUCACGUAGAAGUUUAAAGAGUCGAGAUAAAUUUUCGUUCGAGCAACACCUACCAUCAGUAUUUACUAACCUCUCCUCUUUCCAUGGUGAUGACAACUUUUUAAUGUACCAGCACGUUUACCUUUAUCAUGCUUAUACAGAAGAUCAGUUGCUCACUUAUCCAGCCCUAUACUACCCCAUCUCCAUGCAUCCUCCAGCUAAUCUCCCUAUCUUUCUUUCACCGUCUCCUUCUGCCUUUUGCGGUACGUUUCUUGAUCGAAGAAAAAGCAAUCUCAUGCACAUUAAUAGCUCUGCUAUGCUUUCUCGCUCGGCUCAAAUUAACGAGUAUAGUGAUGCAAUUCAGUCCUCUUUACAAACAUCUACUUAUAGAUCACCAUCCUUACUUAGUCCUCCUCUCAGUUCCGCUAGAAAAUCUUUUCAUAAGAGAGAGAUAAAGAGCAAAUCUGUUACAACGAUACUUCGCACCUCACCACAAUUCUCUAUCAUAUCUAAUGUUGACUGGCUUGAGGCAGCUCAACAUCUCCUUGCACAAGCACACGAUGCCAUGACUCUUAUGCUGCAUCGCAAAAAUAUCACAUUCCUCUCUCUCGAUUAUAACUUUAACCUGACUCACACGAAGGUCCUGUCUACAAAGGAACGUAAACAAAGCCGCUUCGGCAAGGCAUUCCACUUGGUGCGCGAGCUCACGAAAUUUCUUAAAUACAUGGUUGACACCCAUAUUGCCCAUAGAUUGCUUCUAAUAGACUAUCCAACUUUUUUAACUGGCAUCCAUCAUUUGUUUUUAAAUAUUGGAACUGUGACAUCUGUAUACCGUUAUAAGUAUAAGAUUUCAAACCAAAUAAGACAGCUAAAAGCCCUUGGAAUGCUUUGUGGAGAUGUACCUUUUUAUCACCCGCUGCAGUGCGUAAUGAACAGCUACUUAAGAGGCCUUAGUCCCUUGCUGGAGGCAUAUCUAAGUCGACUCUUGGCGAGAACCGCAGGAAUUAUUGACAAGGACUCUGGAAACUCGUCUAGACGAGUCACCCACCAACGAUCCCUAGCAAACCAAAUUGUGGAGCAGCGAAAUAGAUACGCCGGGCGAUUUGUUUCAAUGUAUCCUCAGUUCACCACAAGAUCUGCCAUGACAAAACUAUUUUUGGCCCAUUUGGCAGAGGCCUGGCUUUGUUGGCGGGCUGGCAUGGCCUACGAUCAAGUAUAUUCACAAAUGUCCCCUGAAGUAGCAGAUCUUGUUCAAGCUUAUGUUUCUGAACGGGCAGAUUUAUACACAGCUUCUAUUGCAUGUACAAAGAAACGCAUUGCAAGCAAUAAGUGGAUUGCAAAAUCAGAGCAUUACAAAUAUUGCGGUAGAGCUGGAAGGCAAGAUAUGCGAGAGCUGAUCGUUGCUAAUGCAGCAUACCUUUGUGAGCCUAUUCAAAAGGAUCUCAGAGUCUCUCUUGGGACCGUUUAUAGUCUUGCUUAUCUUUGCAUAACUGUUGCAGCACGAGUGUGUGCGUGUGGAUCACAUAUUCCCUUCCCAUCCCAAGAGUUUGAGUAUGACGGAAAACUUCUGGAACUGGCGCUCAGGGAUUUACGUGAAGAUGUGCUCUCCGGCUCUAUUCUUACAGUUGCUGAUCGCCAGCUCCUAACACUUAUUGAAAAGGCGACUUCUCUUCCUCAUGAGUUUCUCAUACGGAUCAAGGAGAUUCUUCUCAAGAAGCGUACAUUUGAUGCAGUACAAAUAGAGUAUGCCGAAGCACGAACAUGUGUCUAUCCCAUAUACCUCACCACUGGACUCACUCGGGUUGUUGAUGUUUAUUUCACAUAUUACCUAAGCUACCAGAUCACAUCCAGCCCCCUGCACUAUUUACUUUUUAAGCGAGGAUUCAGCUCCAUCGAUCUAAGUAAUCCAUAUUCUAUGGAGCUCCCCGCAGAGCUCACCAUCAGAUACUGCAAGCAUGUUCACAGUACGUGCUCGGGCCUCCCUGCAACGGAUGGUGAGGGGUGCUUUCUAGUCCACAUGCAUCUUAAUACUGAUAGCUACUUUCGCGGCUUUAAUCUGCACGUCAUUGGUAAAGUCAUUAGCCUACUCUUUGAUCCUGUCAUCUCUUCUUUCCUGAUAACUCGCCUUUCCUCAAGUUUUUACUUUAAAGAUAUGACAUAUACAGCAGUGCGUGGUGUUGCUCCUUCUUUCCAAUUUUCUCAUUUUUUGUUAACACUUCUAUUAUCAAUCCUUGACUUAACUAUUCUACUACAUUAUGAUGAGCAGCCCUUUUCUCCGACGAUUAUUCUGAGAGUGGUCACCUUCAUUAUUGCGUUCGCAAAGGAUUAUCGGCAAUCAGGGGUGCCUCUCAGUCAACUCUGGCUUCGUAAAGCAUGUCUUGAGAAGGGGAUUGAUCUAUCCCGGCUUUCUAUUUUUUACGGGACGUAUAAGCUUCUGAGCUAUGUUCGUCAAGGAGAGAGCCUAUACUUAGUUCUUCAAGAAGAUAGGCAAGCUAAUAUUGAGAGUUCUAAAACCACUAUCAUGGAACAAGUCAUGAAAUCUAUCCCCCAAUCUAUUGCAUGCUACAUUUCACGGCAAUCUUCUUUCUGUGACAAUCAGACAUUCUACUUCGUGUCUCUCGUGAACCAGCCCAUCAGAUUUGAAUUUAUGGGAUAUAUCAUUUUGGCUAAAAGUAUUAAGGAUUUGGGCAUGUCUACUAAUAUAUUGCACUCUGUUUCGGCUACAUUUAUUGCCAAUUUUAUUUAUCAUGCAAAUCAAUUAAUUUCUAGCGCCGUGUCUACGUCCUUUUCAAAGAUCAUUGCUAAAUGGAACUCCUUGCUACUUAAUUGCGUUAUUUACUAUCGCGAGGCACUGCUACAAUCACCUAGGUUCUUACGCAUCCUUAUGGCUUAUGAAGAGAAAGUCUGCAACAAAAUCAAGCAAGGACUUAAUUCAAAGAUGCCAAACCGCUUUCCAAACGUCAUCUUUUAUUCGCCCAGAGAGUUAGGCGGGCUAGGUAUGCUAUCCGUUGGAUCUGCAGGCGUAUACCCUUCUAGCGAAGAGCUAAAUCCAAAAUAUCCCGUUGCAGAGCGGUCUCGUCGUUGGGAUCAGAAACACCAGGAGGUGCUACUUCCAAGUGUCAUUCACUUUAUUUCUCCGUGGGCUGAUGAGCUUAAUCGUAGCUUCCUUGGGUACCAGCGUCUUCUGUCUAUCUUCUGUGAGUUUUACAAUGGGCGGUCCCCUCUCUUCGGCGCACAAACUGGGUUUUACGUGUAUGAAUAUGAUGCGUGUGGGGCAGAGCAGCAGUAUAGUUUCAAAGAAAUUAGCGAAUGCUUAUCCAGUCAAUGGACUGGAUUUGCAGUCAGUACCUUCCGUGAAGCAGUUUUUCAAGCACUCUCCCAAGGGUCUAAUAGUAUUGAGCAGCAAUCUCCUCUUGAGAUUGCAUGGGCCAAUGGAUGCAUACCGCGGCUAACAACUCUGAUACAUUACGCCAAAGACCUUUAUUGUCUGUUGUACCGCAAUCCGUUUCUACAUCACUUGGCUAAGGGCAUCAGUAUAGGCAACGCGCUAACUCUUAAAAGUUGGUACAACAAAAAGCUUCUGGGAUCACUGUAUGAUCUUCAAGGAUACAAGAAGAUUAUCACGGCAAUAUUUGGUGGGGUAGAAGAAAUAUUGCACCACACACUCUACCCAGCAACAGAUUUUAGUGAUUAUAAAUCCGUGGUGUGGAGCACAGCAACCGAACAUGAGACUGGAUUGGCAAAAAGAACAAACCUAACACGUGCAAGGAGACAGGGGCUUUCGCAAAUUCCGAACCGACGCUUUGCUCUCUGGUGGAGUCCCACGAUCAAUCGUAGUUCUGUCUACAUCGGAUAUCGUUCACAAAUAGACUUAACCGGAGUGUACAUGUGUGGGAAAUUGGCCACUUUAAAAACAGCAUAUGUUUCUCUGUUCAGGGGCCAUGCUUGGCCAAUGAUUCACUCCUCAUUGGUCAAAACCCUUCUUGCAAUCUUACAAGACGCUUUUCGGGGCCUUCCGCUUGAUACCAUCAAGGCAGAGUCCGUACAUCCCCGAAAGUCAUAUCAUUACCAUACAAGCUGUGCAGACAUUUCUGUAACAUGGACACGUUCAUUGACUGUUCAGCAGGAUUAUUCCAUUCAGAUACAAAAGGGUUCAUCAGAGCCGCACCAUAAUUCACAAGAAGAGAGUAGUGGCGCACACGCGUCUUCAGGAGAACAAGUCGAUAGCUGCACACAUUUAUGGUGGAUAGACCUCCAUCUCACGUGGGGAAACGUCGAUACAUGUACUUCUCUCGCGAAGUACUCUAAAGACCGUCACAAAUAUUAUACAUCUGAUCGUUCACGAGGGAUAUACAGGAGCCCACACGGAAUUAUUAUUUGUAUUGACUUACUAUAUCGUGAAAUUGCAGCCUAUGGAUCUGUCCCAACUAUAGCGAUUCCAGCCAUAAACAAGGCCAUUUCAGAACUGUUGGAAUCCUUACACAGUAAUACUAUGAUGAACAUGCUUGCAGACAGAAUCAGGACGCAACUGGGACUAAGUUCUUCAAGUGUGCACAAGCUCACAGACAUCACUCCAUCCUCCAUCGGAGAUCUGUUCACUGGCAAGGUAAUAAUAGUCGAUGACUCCUUGGCAUAUAACUUCAGGAUGCUGAACAGAGAUGAUACGCGUGCAUCUCGUGUUAUCAUCAAUGGGUUCAUUUCGAUCUUCAAUCCCCAGACUGGCCGCUUGGUACUUUCGGUCGUCCAUGCAGAUACGUAUGCAGGCCAGAGUCGCCGGGCUUCUCUAAGCCGCUGGCGUACGGCAGACUUACUAACGGGGUACAUCUCUUCGCUUCCACAGGCCUUACGACCCACGACAGUGGUUGUAUGUUCCAGGCAAUCUAUUGAUCCAAUUAGGACCCUGCUUAGUGUGCUUAAUCCACCUAUUGUUGUACGCGGAACUAGUUUGCACUGGCAAUUUCAAAAUAUACGUAGCAUGGUUAUCUGCGCAGAAGGGCAAGAAGGGCAUAUUCGAGGAACUGUGAAUGAGGUGAUUCAGCUUCAGCAAACCAGUAUCUCUUUAAGCAUUGAUUUAUAUGCUCAGUUUCGAGGCACGGAUGAGCAGACGGGGUUAAUUUUGGAAGGUACUCCCAUCCAACAUUUUAUUGCUGUCCUACUUAUGUUGCAACUUGCUAAUCUUUCACCACUCACCAUAUACAAAAUAAUAUCUCAAUCAAAUCUGGAGUUGAAAAAAUCCCUACCAGAAGCGGAACUAGCUUACAGACCCACGUAUGCAUCACUGACUACUAAGUCUAUGGAGCGACUCUCAACCAUAGGCAACCUCACAGACUUUGUCCUGCAUCUUCCUCGGGCGCCUUAUCAACAAUGGUGCCCAGUGAUCUCCGCGAUGACCGAGCGCGUAAUAAAUGAAUCUGCUAAAAAGCUAGGAGUACGUUCAGACUGUUUAUCUCCAGCUGAAAAGAAGGACCUUGUAUUAGGCGCAGAGCUGGUAAUAUCUAAUGCUCCCGAACGCAGAACAAGCAUCUUCUCACGACUUGUGUUAUCUGCCAACACUCUGGGCGAACGGAUGCUUUCAUCGACACAACCAAAAGAAGUCACUGACGUUAGAUCACAAAGCCGACUCAGCAAUUUGCAUUUCGGUGAGCAAUGGUUAUGCCUCCAAAGAAACGCUAUUUUCUGCAAACUAUUUGCGGCAUCACAACCCAAAGCAGAUGCAGACACAGACUCAUCUUUUUGUAGAUCGAUUAUUGACCAAGCUGUUGGUGCUACUACAGAUAACAGUUCACGACUUUGUGUUAUAAUUGGGCAGGUCACAAAAUCGCAACCAAUCUUACCAUGCUCAGGCCUGCAAGCACCAGUUGCUCUGACAUUUGGAUUGCAACAUAGUGUUACUAUGAAUGGGAAGCCCCGAACACUUAUUGAGCUACGACAUAUACGUGCUUAUCUGGGAGGAUGGGACUUCUUCUCGUACGCCGCGAUACCAAUAACGGAGUUAUUACAAGAUGUUAAGUUCACAGAGGAGAAAACAGGGAUGAAGUUUUACGGGGUACUGGUGGAUUUUUCACGGGCAAAGCUUUUCCCAGAUAAGCUACUAGAAAGUUCUACAUUGAAAAAAUCCAGUGUCGAUAUAAUUUCUCUGGUAGGAAGAACAACCUCCGUAUGCUUACUAACCUUCUAUUUUGGGGCCGAUAGAAUAGAGAAGCAAUCCAAUUUUUGCACGUAUUACCUAAAGCAAUCAAACACUGACAAGACUGUGGAUCAAAAGGAGUUCAGUCGUGUGCGAGUACACGUGGCAUCUAAUUACAGUCUAGAGUUUUAUUGCAUUGAUCCCAUUACCCAAUGCGAAAAGCCAGGUGGCAUCGAUCAAUCAGUAUCGUAUCAAUCAUGUAUUCAGUUCUCCAAGCUUUUUGCCUCAACGCAGAUAGAAUGGGAAGAAUUGGAAUGCCAUGUGGAUCGAAUAUGA